AACUCCUUACGUGCAAUUGGAUCCCGAACAAGUCAGUCAUACGUUUGGCUGGCGGGGCAGGGAAACACCCAAGAAAGUUUCUCACUAAUGUUCAAACAAAAGAGUGUGCGGUAGUCACAGGCGAGACAGUGUGGUGAGCACACGUAGAAUAAGUGCAUAGGCACAAAUUAAUGACAGCUUAGAACAAAGUUCUGCAGUUAUAGAAACGUUUAUCAGACUUAUUUUAAUAAGCCACGAUGAUGUCAUACUUGUGGAUUUUCUUGCUUGCAGCUCUUGUUACGGGAGUGAAAUCGCAAGAGGGAGAAGGUUCAGAGGUAGCAGAAGAAGAAGCAGUGGCAACAGAUUCAACUCCUGAUGAAGCUGCCGCUCCUGAAGAAGGUUCGCCAUCAGAAGCGGCCCCAGAGGAAGAGGCUGCACCAGAUGAAGGUUCAGAAGUCAAAGAUGCUGAAGAACCAGCCGCAGCCACAGAACCUCCAGUAGAGGAGGAGGAGGCGGCGCCAGCGCCAGCAGAGGAAGAGCCUGCCGUAGAGGAAGAGGCUCCGACAGAGGAAGAGGCUCCGACAGAGGAGGAGGCUCCAGUAGAGGAAGAGACUGCAGUGGAGGAAACCGCAGCGGCACCAGAAGCGUCGGAGGAGACGCCCUCCGAAGGUGACGCAGAUACAGGCGAUGCUGAUGCUGUUCCAGAGGCCACUGAACCUGCGCCAGCCGAAGAAGAAGAAGAAGCAACAGAGGAAGCAGCACCAGGUGAGGCUGACUCAGCUGAUGAAACUGCUCCAGAGGCAACCGAUGCACCGUCACCGGCAGAAGAAGAGCCCCCAGCGGAAGACGGUGGAUCUGACCCUGCCACAGAGGAGGAGACUCCAGAUGUUGCUGUAGAAGCUCCAGUGUCAAAGGAGGAAGUGGGACCCGUUAAAGGUGAAUUUGAUCUAAGCGAUGCUCUUGAACCAGGUCCCGUUGAGGGCAAAGGCAGAGCCCGCUCUGCAGGAAGCUCGGAUGCGGCUGCUGAAGACACAAAAGAGGCUGGAUCUGGGAAAAUUGCUGGUAUUCUGGCUGCAAUUGGAGUAGCGAUUGUUGGGGCAGCGUCCGGUUACUUUGCCUACCAAAAGAAGAAGCUUUGCUUCAAGCCCGAAGCUGAUCCAGAGAGUGCACAUAAAGCAGACCCUGCCACACAAGCUGAGCCACAGGUUCUCAGCAGCCUUCUGAAUUCAUCAUAAAUGGUGGUUGUUGGGGAACAUGAAUGCCGAUGUCAUCUGCAACAUGAAUGCCGAUGUCUACUGAGUUGUAGUUGGAGUGAAGUACAUCAUUUUAGGGCCUUAAUGUGAAAUGUGGAUCUUAAGAUUUAAGCUGGAGUGUGUGUAAUUUGAAGGCAGAUAUUUGAGAGUUUUUGGCGAAGAAUGUGAACGCAUGUUACAUUGGUCCAUCUUUAAUGUUACCUCCAAGUAGUGCCUUAUCUCUGCAGGGAAAGGAAGCAUCUAGCUUUUCUUUAACUUCAGUAAAUUUAAGAUAAAAGUCUGUCUAAUGAUCAUUAUACAUUUUAGGAUAUAAGAAUGUGUAAAUGUUGGAUUGGUUGGGUGACUGAUUUGGUUAAACGUGCAACAUUUUUGAGAUAAUAAUUUAAAUAUGUUGGUAUAAUAGCUUUUUUUUCUGGGGAGAAGCACUUUUCCUUUCAAUAGAUGCUCUGAUAGAUUUUUACAUUAUUCAUGUCUGAUUUAUGUUGUUUUAUGAUGUUAGCCCUUAAUUGUCAAUUUUGCCAUGCAUUUGUUUGGACUUGUAGCACUUCUACUUUUUGGAAUGCUGUAAAUACUGAUCAACUGAAUAAAGUGGGAUUUUCGUGUGUUUUA